AUGAAUAGAGCAGUUGGAUCAUUACCAUUAAAGGUAUCUAGUUCAUUGGUUGGAUCAACAACAGGUUCAUCAAAUAUUUUGGUCAAUGGAUUAGUUAAGCGUUUCUCAUCAUCAUCUUCGACUAAAAAGACUGAUGAUACUACUACUGCUUCGACUAUAAAGAAAGAAAAGACUACUAGUGCUACUGCAACAACAACAGCAUCUGGUAAACCAAAAUUAAAAUAUAUAAACAAGGCUGGUGCUGCUGCAAAUGGUACUAAUGGUAGUACACCCCCACCACCACCACCUCCACCUUCAUCGUCUGCUGCUGCAGCAUUCCCAUUGUUGGCAGAGGCAGGUAAACGUCCACCACUUUUCAAGCCAGUUGCCAAUACUGGCCAGUCAGAGAUGCGAUUCGGACGUUUGCAUACGGCCGGCGAAGAGGGUGAGGAGGUCAAGGACGACGAGUUGUUGGAAGAGGAUGACGACGACUAUGUAGAGAUUGACGAGGAGGACGGCGAGGUAGUCGACCCCGCCGACGGCAUCAACGAGAUCUACGAGAUCAAUGACCAGAUGCGCGAGUACUUUGACUUGGGCAGCCAGCCAAUGACCGAGGCCGACCUCGACAACGCACUCGAGGUGUCGGACAAGAAAUACGGGUACAACCCAGCCACAGACGCCAAGCCAUUCGUGGCACCAACCGCCGAGCAGGCACUCAACCAGGUGUUUGACAACUUUAACGAGGCUGUCAACCAGGACAUCUUGGAUGCCGCUCAAAAGGCCCGUAUUGCAAACCCACUCGACGACUUUGAAGAUGUGAUGCACGCCAAAAAGACCGGCGCCGACCGUCGUGUCAAGCGCGAGGGAGAGACACUCGACGACAUCUUGGCCAAGACUAUCUACGAGCAGACUGAAAGUACAUUUGUCGAUGACGAGUACGAGCAAGAGCGUCCCCAAAGUUUCUAUGACGACUUUGCAGCUGGUCGCAAGCCUGAACAAGCUGAGACUGUUGCCGCCGAACUCCCAUACCACCGUCAAUCCAAAGAGAUAGAGUCAAGCUUACGUAUGCAUCUUAACAAGUUCUUGACCAAGGUGCAUCCAGAUCUUUUCCACAACGAGCCCGACAAGCACAACACCAAUCAAAAGUCGUUGACUACACUCAACAAUUUGUUGCGUACUCGUGACCAAUACAUUGCGAUUGCACAGGGUAAUACCGAUGACACCAAGGUUGACCGUAUCCCCAACACCAUCACACUCGUCUUUCACCACCACCACGCAUCUGGCGCACAGGCCAUCGUCGAGCACGAGAUGUUGUUUGAGGAAGCAUCCGAGCAAGUCGCCACGUCCAAGACUGCCCUCGUCGAGUAUGUGACCGAGCUCCGAUUCGCCGUGCAUCGUCAACUCUACGAUCUCUUUAGCAAGUGUGAUAUCCCCAUCCCACAACUUGAACUCGACCAACUUGUACGUCCAUCGUCCAAGACUGGUGGUGCAGCCUCCUCGCUCGUCAACGACGAUCCAUGGGACGACUACUUUGGCCUCAACAAGCCCAACGGCACCUUCUCCUUGUCCAACGUACUCGACGACUUCCUCGGCGCCAACAAUGUAUCGGAGCGUAGAAAGUACUCGGAAAUCACCGGUGAGCAUGAAACCCUGCUCCAACAAUUCAACGAAGACAAGGUAUUCUUUUACUACUCUGAAUCUGUCAAGGGUGACAUCAACGUCAUGCGUCAACUCGGAUACAGAGAUGAAGCUGAACGUCAAAUCAUCCAUCUCAAGAAAUACCUCCCAGCACUCGAAUUUGGCACUUGGAGUUCCCUCCCCAUCAUGAUUACCAACCCCGCUCAUUUCGAUCGUCUCUCCAAUAUCACCCAACAACGUGGCUUCGUCGUCCUCCUCAAAGACUUUGUCCCCGAACAAACACUUCCAUACAUUAAAAAACAAGUACCAAAGAUUAGAGAAACAUUCAACCAAUUGUAUUCAGUCUCUAAAAAGAAUCAAGAUUUAUUACAAAAAUCAACCAUUUCUUUGGAAAAAUCAUUAGGAGCAUCAAGUGUAAUUAUUGAAAAUUUAUUCUCUGUUAAUCAAAGAACAAUGAAUCAAGUUAGAGACAAGUUUAACAAGGCACAGACAAUGGUUGCCAAACUUAAUAUACCAAUGACCAAGAUGAUUGAUGCCGCCAAGGCCUCGAAAUGGGUGACAUUGCCACAGACUCAAUUGGACGGCAACGUGAUGGACGAGUGGAAGGUCAAGCACAUUGAGAUGGACAAGCAGGAACAACAAAAGAUUGUACAAAAGCUCAACGAGGCGAAGCUCGGCAUUGAUGUCGUUGCAUCGGCUGACGAGCGUGCCAUCCUCAAUGAAAAUGUCGAGCGUGACAUGACACGUAUUGCAGCGUUGACCAUCACCAGCGACCGUCUCACAAACCCACUCACCAUCGUCGACACCAACAAAUUCAACUAUGUCCAGAGUGCUCCAUUUGUAUCCGAUGCUAUGGCCUGUAUCGAACGUCUCCGUUCACUCGUCAACAACUCUGUCGAAGUGCCAAUGGUGUUGCCCGAAAAGAUGAACGACCCAGACUUUUUGAGCAAGCGUGAUCAAUUCCUUGCACAAGACGAUCAAGAAGCUCAAGAGGACGAGUCAGAGAUGCGCGAGUACUACCAAUUGCUCAUGGGUAACUCUGAAAUGACUGUUGACAAGUUAUCGACCCGUAAGUCACUUGCUCAAAUUGACUCUUCCCUCUUUACCACUAGUGCUGCCGUCGUAUCAUCCUUUAAUGCUCCAAUGUUUGGUGAGAAAACCUCAGCAGACAAUCAAGUUGACUCUUCCUCCUCCAGUGCAGCAGUUGACCAAGCAGUCUCUGAUGCCACCGCACAAGGAUCUGAAUUGGUGUCUGAUCAAGUCAAACGUUUUGUCAAUGUAUUAAAGAAUGCCAGUGGAAAGGACAGCGUCGAUAGUGACGCUACUGCCGACAAGACAAAGAUGAUUAAACCCAAGCAACGUCUUUCAGAUUAUGGAUGGGCCAACAUUCAUCUAGUCAUCUCGGAUCACUACCAAUUCAUCGUUAGCAAAGAGAAUGAUGUUGCCUAUGUCUUUGUGCCAAUGAACUUUAAGGAGUCGGAAUUAUUCCUCUUCCUCAACGCCAACUAUGACAAGAUCUCAUUGAUCCAAAACAUCUUUUACUCACCCGUUCUUGAAAAGACCCAAAAGAUGAUGCAAGUCCAAUCGAUCCAGACCGUCAUCUCGAAUAUCCGUUCUCGUGUCCCAUUUGCCUCGCUCAAGAUUGAUAAUAUCGCCGUCUCAUCGCCAGAGUCGCAAUACGCCGCCGUUCAACUCCUCAAAAAUACCAUCUACCUGUCGAGUGACAUCAAGGCCUUUGAAAAGAUCGCUCCCUACGUCGAUGUCAUCAUUGGCGCCGAAUCACGUGUCGUCUACAAAAACGAUGAAAAGAAUCACGCCAUCAUCGUCGUCUCUCAUCUCCAACGUUCCUCGAUGAACCUCUCAAAGAUCAUUCGUCAACUCUGUGAACAAUCACCAUUUUUCAAGUCUCUUCUUCCAAAUUUCACUUAUCAACCUUUUGAUCCUUCUUCCUCUUCUAAACAACCAACUACCUCAAAUUAA